AGCUAUUUGGCCCAAAACCUCCUGUUGGGCAACAUCCCAAGUCUUCUGUGGAAAAGGCGGACGAGAAAUCUCGUCUGCAUCGCUAUAAGAAACACAGCUUUCCAAGCUAUGGCAUUGGUGGAGAUGAGCGCGCAGUCCCUCCAGUUGGUCUACUCGCUUCUGGCUCCCCUUUGGGUUGAGCUCUCCUUCCUCCUCUUCUUCUCCCUGGGUUACUUCUACCUGCGCGCUGAGACCUUCCAGAAAGGGAAGAAGGUGCCCAAGGCCAAGCAAGGCUUCUCCCCCAACUUCCGCGCCAUUGUGCGUAAGACCAUCGAGGCAGAGGCGGCGUCGGGGAACGCCUUGAAGCUCCUCGAAGCCUGGCGCGCCGAGGAGUCCUCCGCCCCCACGCCCAAGGACCUUCUGAAGCCGGUGGUCCAAGCCUUCCUCGACGCGGACGUGGAGAACAUCGACCAAGUCAUCGAGCACCUGCACGCGCACAAGGAGUCUUUGGGCAGCUCUUGGGCCUGCACCUUGGUGUUGGACACCGUGGCUCGCUCCGGGAACGUGAAGGUGAUGAUGCAGCUCUGGGAUCUUUGCCAAAAGAAGUUGAACCUCUCCCGCAGCUGCUCCAUGUACGAGGUGAUCCUGGGAGGCUUCGCCUCAGCUGGGCACCCCGAGAAGGUCAAGGACUUCGAGGCAUUGAUGAGCAAGGACCGGCUGAAGCUUUCGCCCCGCGGCCACUCGCUCAUCAUCAAGGGCUUCCUGAAGAAUGGCCUGGUGGGCGAGGUGCUGCCGCGCAUCGUGGCCAUGACAAGCCUGGGGCAUCUGGUGCCGGCCUUCGCGGUGGCCCAGUUCCUGCGCGUGGCGGCGGAGCAGGGCCAGGCACCCCAGAUGUACGAGAAGCUCCUCGAGAACAAGGUGGCCCUUGGCACCGAAGCGGUCACUGUGAUCCUCGAGGAGUGCGUGCGCCUCCGCGACCCCAAGCUGGCGCGGCGCGUGGAGCAGGCGGCCCGCGAGGCCAAGGUGAGCUUCUCGGUGCACGCCUACGACGCGAUGCUCAAGACCUGCGCGGAGGACUGCGACGUGCACGCCAUCGAACUCUUCAAGGAGAUGCAGGCAGAGGGGCACAGCAUCAGUGAGGGCCUUUGCGUUGGGCUCUUGGCACGCUGUGCGGAUGGGAAGUUCCUGAGCUUUGCAGAGGAAGUGGUGCGCUUCGUGCGGGCCGGGCCCGGCAUGAGCAUCGCAGUGUACAGCGGUCUCAUGAAGGUCUACGCCUACUCGGGCAUGUACGGCAAGGCCUGCGACCUCUACGACCAGAUCCGCUCGGACGGCCUCGAGCCGGACACCAUGAUGUACGGGUGCCUCAUGAAGUUCUCGGUGGAGUGCGGGCGCACGGCGUUGUCCCAGGAGCUCUCCGAAAAGCUCUCCGUGCUGGACAUCCAGAACUACAUGUCCUUGAUCAAGGCGGCCGGCCGCGACCGUGACGUGGACCGGGCAUUUUCCAUCAUCCAGCGGCUGCGCGAGAACGACGUGAAGCCAGACGCCAUCGCCUUCAACUGCGUGCUCGACGUCUGCGUCAAAGCGGGGGACUUGUCCCGCGCCAGGAAACUCCUCCAGGAGAUGAAGGACUUGGCAUUGCUCGACAUCAUCACCUACAACACCCUGCUGAAAGGGUACUGCAGCCAAGGCGACAUCAAAGGUGCCAAAGACCUUUUGGCUGAGAUGACAGACGCAGGCUACGCCCCGAACGACGUAUCCUACAACUGCAUCUUGAACGUGGCGGUGAACAAGGGGAGCUUUGAGGAUGCCUGGGACACCAUCUCCAAGAUGGAGCAGAUGAACGUGAGGCCGGACCACUACACGGUCUCCAUCAUGCUGAAGGCCCUGAAGCGCGCCAAGGGCUCCCGGGACGUGCAGCGCUGCCUGGGCUUCCUGGACCGCUCCCAGAUCGACCCCUGCUCGGACGAGAUCCUGAUGAACACCGUGCUUGAGACCUACAUCCGCCACAAGGAGCUGAAGCGCCUGGAGAGCUUGCUGUCCAAGUUCGAGCAGAGCUCCUUGCGGCCUUCCGUGCCCACCUAUGGCUCCAUCAUCAAGGCUUACGCCAACUUGAAGCGCCCGGAAAAGUGCUGGCACUACUGGAACGAGAUGCAGAACCAGCGCGGUCUUGAGCCCAACGACAUUGUCUAUGGCUGCAUGUUGGACGCCUUGGUGUGCAACGGCCAGGUGGACGAGGCGGUGAAGUUGUUCGAGAACAGCCGCAUCAAGCCCAACGCGGUGCUCUGCUCCAUCCUGGUCAAGGGCUUCACCAACUCCGGGCAGACCGUGCGCGCCAUGGCGCUCUGGCACGAGAUGCGCGAGAAGGGUGUGAAGAUGAACACCGCGGCCUGCAACGCCUUUGUGGACGCACAGGCGCGCGUGGGUAACAUGGAGGAGGUCUUGCAGAUCGUGGAGGCCAUGGCCUUGGAUGGCUGCCAGCCAGAUGGCAUCACCCACUCCACCAUUGUGAAGGGCUACGCCAUGAAAGGCGACCUGGACAAGGCCAUGGAGGUCUUGCGGAGCAUGCAGGCCAGUGGGGUCUACCAUGAUGCCAUUGUCUACAACACCAUCCUGGACGGCUGCAGCAAGCACCGGCGACCCGACUUGGUGGACAAGGUGCUCGACUCCAUGGACAAGCACCGCAUCAGCCCCACCAACUUCACGCUGGGCAUCUUGGUGAAGUUCUACAGCCGCCAGAAGCAGCUGGACAAGGCCUUCCAAUGCAUGAGCAGCUUGCCCAAGCGCGGGAACUUCGUGCCCAACUGCCAAGUCUGGUCCUGCCUCAUGGGCGCCUGCCUGCUGAACGGCUCCCCGAACAAGGCCUUGCACGUCUUCCGCGACAUGCGCGCCGCGGGGCAGAGCGCAGACACCCGCGCCUGCACGUCCCUGGUCUCGGGCUUGGUGCGUAUGGGACAGCUCAAGGAGGCCGUCCAGGUGGUGGAUGAGGUCUGCCAGGGCCGGUGCAGCGUGGAUCAGGACUGCCUGGAGAGUCUGCUGGCGGCCUUGGCGCAGAAAGGCCUCCGCGAGGAGGUGGCCAAGCCCUUGCUGGAUCGCCUCAGGAAGGCCCAGGUGGAUCAUGGCCUGCAUCUUCCAGCAGCCCCCCUUCCUCGCUCGCCUGAAGUACCCAUCAGCGGACGCCUCAUGGCCGCCACGUUGCCAUCCUCCGGGAAUCGCCAGAAGUGAGACGUCAGAAUCCCAUGGCUUUUGAGAGAUGGGCAACUCGCUACGUAAAGAUAGCAUUCCCAUCGGGAGGUACUCUCUGUAAGGGAGUCGCUCUGAAAUCCAUAGACUCCAAAGCUCUGCUGGAGGCGAGCGCACCACCGCCGUGCGGGAAAAAGGUGAUGUCGCGAGAGAGCUGCCUAC